AUGGCCAAUCGGUUCCAGUUUAUCUACAACGCCUGUGUCGAGUUCUUCGGUGUGACCACGCUAGCCAAUCAAGGUGACGUCAUCAAGGAGUUUCUCGAGAACGAUGACGUGACGGUACUGGCCGCCGUCACGGUCGAUGGUGAGGUCCUGCUGCAGAACGUCGUUCCGGUCGAAGACGUGUACGGGCUGCUGUUCUACAAAAUUCCCAACCUAGACUUUGCUGGCCACACCGGGCCGGCCAAGAUCGGGCUGCUGACGCUGGAGGGUGGCCUCGCCAAGUCGAUCUACAACUCGCUGCAGCGUGUCUUUUCGCCGUACAUCCUACGGAAGUGUGAGUACCCGCCCGAAAUCCGCACGCUACUGCAGCAUCUGCACUCCAGCCUGGGGCUGAGCCUCGGUCUGACCGAGUCCGGCAUACUGUCGCUGGCCGACGAGGUUGGCUUUUGGGUGCACAAAACGAAAACGCUACCGACCAAGGCGGACCGCGAGGCGGCUCGCUCGUUUGCGGCCAUCCUGGAACGUAUCAGCCGCCAGUUUGGUGACGGUGAGUCGAUGAGCCUCAACCAGCUAGACGAACUGAUCGGCGUUUGCCAGGCGGCCCUCGAAGAGAUCUGGCACUUGCUGAGCCACUUUCCGCAGAACCGCAUGUGCAGCAUCUUCGACAUGAUCUCCGUUCGGGUUGUGACCGCCUGUACCGACCACUUGAUGGAGCUGGACGUGUGGGACAACGGUACCGUCUCGCUGGACGACGCCAUGGGCCACGUCCGGGAGACGCUGGACGCCUGGAUCGAAACGUUCGACUCGCUGACGCGCCUGGACUGGCCCUACUACGAGCCGCACCCGUGGAUAGGCGAUCCGUACCAGUCGAAGCUACUGAGCAAGUUCCAAACGCGCUAUAAGGAGAUCCUUACCAUUCGCCACCUGAAGGACCUGCUUUACGCGCUUUUCUUUGAGAGCGAAAAAUACUUUCCGCUGGUGAAUGAAGUGGCGCAGCCGUUUCAAGGGCUGAACGUGUACGACCUAACGCCGCUCGGCAACAAGCGCUGGGAGACGGCCAAGGCGAAGAUGGAGCUCACGCUGGCCAAGAUCGACGCAAGUGCCGCGUUCGUGCUGCAGCAGAAGCUGGUGGAAACCGGUGGUAACACCCGGCACGCCGUGAUGGUGUUCAACCGCUAUCUGGAGCUGCUCGGCCGGCCCCUGAUCCUCGAGACGCUGGCCCCCGAGCGGAGCCAACUGUUCCGCAGCGUUGACGCGAUGCUGCGCGAUUUGCGAGACCUGCUCAGCGGCACCAACUUCGCCGAGAGCGACGUAACGCCGGACGUGGCCGAACUGCGCUGCUACCGGGUGGUGCAAGGUGAGCUGAACCAGCUCGAGUCGAUCGUGGGAGCGCUUUGUCGCGAUCGGGACGGGCAGGUUGACGCGCUCAAGCGCAUCGUCGAGUUCCGCGAGGAGAUGGACGCCCUCGUUCGGGGUAGCUUCGAGGCGUGGACCGCUAAGGCGCAGAGCGCUAUCCGUGCGGGCGAACUGAGCCUACGGGAGGACCAGCCCGUGGUCGAGUUCGACAAGUCGGACAAGCAGCUGAUGAAGGUGACGUUCCGGUCGCGAUUGGUCACGUUCAUCGAAGAGGCACGUCAGCUGCAGAGCCUUGGACUGAAGCAUCCGAAGUCGAUCCUGGAUGUGGUGGCCCACGCGGUACGGUUCGUGGCGCAGGCGCGCCGUCUGCAGCAGGUGGCCACGUUCCACAACACGAUCGGCGGCGUGAUGGUGCCCUGCAUCCGCCCGAUCAUGCUCCAGCACGCGAUGGAGUUCUCGCGGCUGGUGCGUAGUGAGUCGGUGUCCUGGGCCGAAGAGGAAUCGGUCGAGCGGUACAUUGAAGCGCUCCAGGAAGCGGUCAAGCGGCUGCUGCGGGACAGCAACGUACUCACCGGGUACCACGAGCAGGCCCGGAAGGGGCUCCUGAAGCUGCUCGACACGGAUCUGAUCCGGCAGGCGCCCGUGUGGAAGGAGGAGAUGCGCUCGCUCCGGGAGGUGCUGGCCGCGAUGGAACGGCAGGGAUACGGCAACCUGCAACCGUUCCGACUGCACUGGGACCACCAGCUGUAUAAGGCGCUCGAGUAUCAGUACGUGGCCGGGUUGAUCGAUGUCCACCACCGGCUUCCUGAGAUCCACGUCGAGCUACUGUUCCGCCAGCAGCGCCUCCAGUUCCGACCGUCGGCCGAGGAGAUCCGGUCGAAGUACUACGCGCAGGUACGCCGCUUCAUCGAGAGGCCGGUCAACUUUAAAGGACUCUCCGAGCAGACGGCUCUGUUCCGCACGAUGAUCGAGCGCAACCGGUGCCACUUUGCGGUGCUGUACGAGAAGGCAGAGGUCGUGUUCCGGCAGCUGCGCGAGUUCCGCGACAGCUGGCUCCCGUUCGUGGCGCUCGGCAUGGUCGACGAUCUGGAGCAACUGUGCACUGUGCACUGCACCGCCUGGCAGCACUGGGACGGCAACUUCCGGGCCUGCAAGCGCUUCAGUCAGCAGCUAGCACGGAUCCAGGAGCGCGAGAAGCAGAUCGACUGCCUGGUCGUCAACUACGGGCCACUGUGCAGCGACAUUGAGUCAUUGAGCCGGCGCUACUGGGAGGCGCUCGCCAGCAGCCUGCGGACGUCCAUCCUGGACGCCGUUGCCGAGCUCCAGCAGUACCUGGCGUACGCGUUCGGCGUGCUGCAAAACAUUCCGCAGGACGAGCUGGGCAUCGCGGAGUCGAGCGCCAAGUACGAGCGGAUUGUCGGCGACCUGCCGAGGAUGGGCGAGCUGGUGCGGUCGCUCCAGGGCAAGGACUCGUGCUUGGCCGGCUGGUGCAAGGAGCGCGUCGCGGCCCUCGGCGGCACGCUGCUCCAGUGGGCCCAACUGCAGCCAUUGAUCGACAACCACCAAGCACUACUCCAGGGCCGACUGGACGUGGUCAAGGAGAACGUCCUGCGCCAGCUGGCUGAGCUGAACGAGGACGCCGAACGCUUCGCCAUCCGCUGGGAGUCCACCAUCAAGGACCUGGAGACGAACGAGUCCGCCGACAUGACGCUGUUCCGAGAGCGCCAGACCCAGUGGAAGCAGAUCGUCGGCAAGCGGGAAACCCUUGCCAAACAGACGGAGAAGUUCAACAUCAGCGUGCCGACGGAAUCGGGCGACAUCUUCCGGCAGCUCGAGCAGGAGAUCGCGGUGCAAGGCAGCGCCUGGCAGCUGUUCGACGACUUCCUGCGGGACUAUGAAACGGUGGCCAGUGAAGAGUGGACCAUCUACCGACGGCGGCCACAUCUCCUGACCGAUUUGCUAGCGCGCUGGGAGCAACCGAAGCCGGGGACGGCGACGACGGUCGCUAGCACGCGGAUUGCGGUGCUCGUAGACCGGUACCGUGCCGCCCUGCCCGUGCUGGGGACCCUGCAAUCGGAGGCACUGAUCGAGAAGCACUGGGCCACGCUCUGCCAGUUGCUGGCGAUCGAGACCCGCUCGCUGCACGAGCUGUGCCUGGGGGACGUGCUGGGCGCCGGCGCACGUCUGCUGGAGCGCUCGGGCGAGAUACAGACGAUCGUGCGGGGCGCAGCGUCCGAGCACAUCAUCCGGCAGGCGAUCGGAGAGCUGGAGCAGUGGGCCGCCACCGCUACACUCCGGCUGACCGAGUACGUCGACUCGGGUGGCGCUCGGGUCCAGCUGAUUCGCGACUACGGCGAAACGCUCAACAAGAUCGGAGACCACCAGCUGUUGCUGCAGUCCGCCCGGAACGCGGCGUCCGACUCGUUCGCGGACCAGGCGGACGUGUGGGAGUCGAAGCUGGCCACGCUCGACUACAUCGUGGCGCACCUACACCAGAUCCAGAAGCGCUGGGUGUAUCUGGAACCGAUCUUCGGCGCGGGCACUUUGCGCCGCGAGGAAGGUGCAUUCCGUGGUGUAGAUAAACACUUCCGCGCGCUGCUGCAGGAGAUCGCGGCGGAUCCGCGGGUUGCGUCACUACACCGGAUCCCGAACGUGCGGCCACUGAUCGAGACGCUGCAGGCGCAGAUCGGCCGCUGCCAAGCCGCCCUCGGCACGUACAUCCGAGCGAAGCGGGACGCGUUUGCGCGUUUCUACUUCCUGUCCGACGACGACCUGCUUGAGCUGCUAGGCCAGUCGGCUAAGGAGAGCAUCGUGCAACGCCACAUCCGCAAGCUGCUGCCGGGUGUGGCCCGGGUCGUGCUCACCACCGACGGCCACCUCACCGGGAUCGCCAGCGAAGAGGGUGAUCAGCUGACGCUCUCCGAGCCGAUCACGAUCGCAGCACCGGUUCCGGUGGAGCAGUGGCUUACGACGCUCGUGGAGCGUGUGAGGGUUACCCUUGCCACGCUCAUUGGCCAGUGCCUGGCGACCGGUGAUACGUUCGAUUUGCCCACGAUCGAGCGCUACCCGAUGCAGGUCCUGUGUCUGGUGGCCGCGAUCGGAUUUACGCGCCGUGCCGAGAAAGCCAUCGUCGGUAUGCAACUCGGUGGGCUACGGGAGCACCUGGAACGGGAGAUCGGCCGACAGUCCGCAGCCGCCCAGACGACGUCCGACGGGUUAACGGCGCUGAAACUGCGCGCGCUCCUGAUCGAUCUCGUGCACCAACGGACGACGGUCGACUACCUGGCGUCGCACCAUGUCACUCACCCGGCCGACUGGCACUGGCUGCAGCAGCUCCGCUUCUACGCCCCUCCAACCCCGGACGGCGCCUCCGCGGUCACGGCGCGAAUGGUGUACGCCGAGUUCCGGUACGGGUACGAGUUCCUGGGCAACUACGGCAAACUGGUCUACACACCGCUCGCCCACCGCUGCUACCUCACUCUGACGCAGGCGAUGCGUGCCGGGCUGGGCGGCAAUCCGUUCGGACCGGCCGGAACCGGCAAGACGGAGUGCGUCAAGUCACUGGGCGCGCUGCUCGGACGGUUGGUGCUGGUUUUCAACUGUGACGAAAGCAUGGACACGGGCGCGAUGGCCCUCAUCCUGACCGGGCUGGCCCGGUGCGGGGCGUGGGGUUGCUUCGACGAGUUCAACCGGCUGCAGGAGGCCACCCUGUCCGGGGUGUCGAUGUUGAUUCAGCCGCUCCAGCGGGCACUGGCCGACCGCCAACCGGAAGUGGUGCUGAACGGGGAGACCAUUCGGCCGCUCGAUCCGCACUGCUGCGUGUUCGUCACGCUCAACCCGGCCGGCGAGGAGUACGGGGGCCGCCAGCAACUCCCGCUCAACCUGCAGGCCCUGUUCCGGCCGAUCGCGAUGCAAGCGCCGCGCCCGGAGCAGAUCGCACGCGUCACCCUGUUCGUGGAGGGCUUCCGCGAGGCUGACCGGCUCGGGGCGCAGCUGGUGGAGCUGUUCCGGCUGGCGGAGUGUACCCUAUCCCGCCAGCGUCACUACGACUGGGGAUUGCGCGCACUCAAGGCCGUCCUGGGGGCUUGCGGAGCGGCACUCCGGGCACAUCAGGGGAGCAGCAGCGCGGAGGAAGCCACCGCCGUGGUGCGCGUGAUCCGCACGAAUCUCGCCUCCCGCCUGACGGCCACCGACGUAACUCGCUUCGAUGUGCUGCUGGGACGUGUGUUCCCCGGCGUGACCCUGACCGGUGUCCCGCUGGAUACCGAGUUGCGGGAGGCCGUGGCCGGGGCGUUCGCCACGAUCGGGCUGUUGCCGAACGAGCGCCAGAUCGGGAAGGCGCUCGAGCUGGAGGGUCAGCUGCGUAAGCGGAUGGGAGUGGUGGUGCUGGGACCACCGCAGUGCGGCAAGUCGACGCUGGUGGCGCUGCUGAAGGAAGCGCUGGUCAGCGGGGGACGCACGGUUCGGAUCCACACCCUCUCGCCGAAGUCGAUGGACCGGGCGCAGCUGCUCGGGCGACUGGACACGGACACGCGCCAGUGGUGCGACGGUGUGCUGACGUCGCUGGCGGUCGCCGUGACCGCCGAGCCCCGCUCCGUCACCUCGUGGAUCGUCUGCGACGGCGACGUUGACCCGGAGUGGAUCGAGGCGCUCAACUCGGUGCUGGACGACAACCGGCUCCUGACGCUGCCGUCCGGGUGGCGCAUCCAGUUCGGCGCGAACGUGAACUUCCUGUUCGAAACGCAUGACCUGUCGGCCGCCUCUCCCGCCACCAUCUCGCGCAUGGGAAUCGUGAGCCUGCACGAGGACGACCUCCCGCCCCGGUUGCUUGUCGACCGGUGGCUCACCGGGGCCGACCGGUCCGUGGCGCAGUACUGCGAGCAAUUCCUUCACCCAGCGCUCGGCUGGAUCGAGGAGCACCGGGAGCGCCCGGCCAGCUACUCCCCCGUCAGUCUCGCCCAGUCCGCGGUCGUGGCGCUCGAUGCCGGUGCCCGCAACCCGGAGCAGUUCUGUGCCGGGCUCCUGUGCGGCCUGAACGGUGCGGUAGCGGACGGGGCCAAGGGCGCUCUCUCGGCCGAGGUGUACCGGUGGGCGGACGUUCCGAUGGCGGAUGGCGCUGGAGUAGCGCCCGAGUACCAUCACUACAACGGGUUCCGGGAGCUGCUGGAGCCGUACGGUGCGGACGACAUCACGGGCGCCACGAUCGACGAGCGGGACGGGUAUGUGCCGGCGCUCGUCCGCACACCGCCCAUCAAGCUGGCCGGCGAUCUGCUGCGGCGCGUGAUGGGAGCACCCCAUGAGCGCCCCGUCGCCGCGCUGCUCGUCGGUCCGAGCGGAAACGGGAAAAGUCUGCUGCUCCAGGCAAUCGUCGGGGAGUUCGCGGGCUACCAGCUAGUGACGGUAAGCUGCUCCGCCCAGCUAACGGCGGCCAGCGUUCUGUGUGCGCUCCGUCGCCACUCACUACUCGUGACCACCGUGAAGGGGAAGGAGUAUCGACCGCCGGCGGCCCGCACCGUCCUGUACCUGCGGAACCUCGAUCUGUGCGCCGUCGAUGGGUGGGGCACGUGCGAGGUGGUCGAGCUGCUCCUGCAGCUGAUCCACCGGAACGGCUUCUACUGCGACGGAGUGGAGUGGAUUGGUGUCAGCGGAGUGCAGGUGUGCGCGUCCGUCGCCAGUCUCGAUGGUCCGGCGGGGGCCCUGUCACCUCGUUUCCUGUCCGCUUGCCGGCUCGUGCGUUUCGGGUACCCGACCGACCAGGACAUGGAGAGCAUCGUUCGCAGUGCGCUUCUACCGGUAUAUAACGGGCGAUUGGCGGGAACAGGCGCCGCGCACCGGCCACAGCUGGCCGAUCUCGUGUGCUCCAUCAUCCGCGUGUACCGGCGCGUGAACGACCAUUUCCAACCAACGGUGGCCCCGCACUACCGCUUCACGCCGAAGAUGAUCGAACGGUGGAUCGCCGGCCUGCUGAACUACCCGGAUGCGGACGCCCUUGGCCGGGCGCUCGUGUACGAGGGGGAACGCAUCUUCCGCGAUCGCCUCGUGUCGGCCGACGAUCGCCGCCUGCUCGAUGGGAUCAUGCGGGAAGAGUUUGGUCUGUCCGAGCUCACGGCUACGGCAUCGCUGGGUGGCGUGUUUGCCCCGGCGAACGACGCCAGCCAGUCUGUGCGGCCGCGGCCCGCUAACCUAAGGCUGCUGUCGGUGGACGAGUGGCGCCAGCUGGUCAAUCACAGUGUCACCGUGUGCAAUGCCGAAAGUGUCAUCGUUGAUGUGCCGAUGGGUGACGCUUUCUACGACACGGUGGCCGCCAUCAGCCGCGCAUUGGUGCGGCCCUCGGUUAACCUGGUGCUCGCCGGUCGCACCGGUUCCGGACGGUUGCAGGCCCUGUACACUGCCUGCACGUGGCUUGGCAUGAAGGUGACUGUCCCGCAGCUCGGACGCCAGUACGGGCAAGCCGAGUUCAGCGCCGAUCUGAAGCUGGCGAUGCAAACCUGUGCCCUGGAGGGUGAACCGGUGGCGUUCUGUUUGCCGCAUGCGGUCGCCAGGUACCUACCCGCGACGGUCCGUGCAUGCGAGGCGAUCCUGGCCGGGGGCGAACUGGCUGAGGACUUUUUCGGCGACGAACUCGAGAACGUGGCCGCGCCGCUGAAGGCCCAAGCGGCCGCCGAUUCGUUUCAGCCGUCGGUGGCGGCCUUCUUCGCGCAGCGCCUGAAGGCAAACUUCCAUCUGGUGCUGGUGCUCGAAUCGGGCUGCCCAACCAUCCGGGCGCUCUUCGAGCGCUAUCCCGCGCUGUACCAGAAAACCGAAAUGAUCUGGAUGCUGCCGGAAGGGGUGUCGCAGGCGGACGAUCUGCGAGUAUACCUUGGCGCCGUCGGUUCGGCUUCGACCAUGCAGCAGGAUGCCGAAUCGAUGGGUGUGAUCCCGUUGCCGGGAUCGUUCGGUGAGCUGGUCGAUCUGCCGCUCAGCGAGUGGAGCUGGUGUCCGCUACGCCGCGCACAGCUUCUCCGCACGUACGGGGCCCUGUACGGGCUGGAGAAACGGCGCCAGGGGCAGCACCGGGCCAAGAUUCAGAUCGGGGUGGACAAGCUGUCCGAGACGCACCGCGUCGUGGAGCAGCUGAAGCGCGAGGCCCAGGAGAAGCAGGGUGCGCUGGCGGAGAAGCGGCAGUUGGCGAACCAGUCGCUGGACAUGAUCGGCAGCACGAUGCGGUCGGCGAACGACAAGAAGACGGAGCUGCUCGAGCUGCAGCGCCAGACGCAGGAGAGCAGCGAGAAGCUGAUCGAACGCAAGCGGGCCAUCGAGCAGGAGCUGAGCCUGGUGGAGCCGACGCUGCGCGAAGCGAGCGCGGCCGUCGGGCAGAUCAAGACGGAGGCACUUUCGGAGAUCCGGUCGCUGCGGGCGCCGCCCGAGAUCGUGCGCGACAUCCUGGAGGGCGUGCUGCGGCUGAUGGGGAUCCGGGACACGUCGUGGAACAGCAUGAAGACGUUUCUGGCCAAGCGCGGCGUGAAGGAGGACAUUCGAUCGCUCGACCCGUCCCGGAUCGGGCCGGAAAACUGUGCCGCGGUGGAGCGGCUGCUGGCGGCGAAGGCGGACUCUUACGAGCAGCGGAACGCGAAACGGGCGUCGGCCGCCGCCGCCCCGCUGGCCGCCUGGGUCGUGGCGAACGUGCGGUAUGCCAAGGUAACGCAGAGCAUCAAGCCGCUCGAGCGGGAACAGAACGCACUGAAGGAGAACCUGGACCAGGCCGAAGCGUCGAUGAAGUCCCUGUCGAGCGGGCUCGACAACGUCAACGAUACGGUUCGCGGUCUGUCCGAGCAGUUGAACGUGUACACACAGGAAGCGGCCAUGCUGGAGAUAAAGCUGGACGAUGCCAAAAACACGCUCCACACGGCCGAGAUACUGGUGCAGAGCCUUAGUACCGAGUACACGAGCUGGAGCAACGAGCUGAGCGAGCUGAACCAGGCGAUCGAGGAUCUGGCGGGGCGCAGCUUCUACACCGCACUCAACCUGACGCACCUUUCGCAGAUGAGCCUCGAGGAGAGAAGAACGUGUAUGGCCAAGCUGGCCCAGCUAACAGGCGGGCCGGUCUUCGAUGUGGACCAACAGCUCGUCAGCAACCAGGAUAAAAUCAUCUGGGAAAGCAUGGGUCUAACGGCGGACCAGCAGUACCGGGAAAAUGCGGGCCUGCUGGCGAAGUACCUGUCGCUGCCAUUCUGCACCACGCCCGUGCCGCUGCUGGUCGAUCCGUCCGAGUACGGCCAACGGUGGUUGGUGAACUAUCUGGCCUACCUACACCGCACGUUCGAGCUAACGAGCCAGGGAGCGGAGCGGUUCGCGUACAGCCUCGAGCUAGCUGUACGCUUCGGGAAGGUGCUGAUCGUGAAAGGCGUCAACUCGAUCGAGCCCCCGCUGCUGUCGCUCUUCUGCACGGCGGUCCACAGCCGUUUCAGCAAGCGGUUGCUGCAGGUGGGCAACAAAGCGGUCGACCUGCACGACGACUUCAAGUUGAUCCUCGUGACGCAAAACGAAACGCUCCCGCUGGGCGUGGAGCUGAGGGCGCAGCUGAUGGCGCUCAGCUUCACGACGACGGUGGCCGGAUUGACCGAUGUGCUCACGUCCCGGUGGGUGAAUGCCCGGCAGCCGGAGAUCGAGCGCAAGCGAACCGAGCUGCUACAGGAGGAGGGCAAACUGAUGAAGGAGAAGCUCAAUCUGCAGGAUAAGUUGCUACAGGAGCUAUCGUCGGCCCAGGGAGACUUGCUGAAGAACGAACCGCUGCUCCUGACGCUCAACAGUAUCAAGGCGAGUGCGGUAGCGAUCGAGAAAUCGCUCGAAGAGUUUCUGCACGUCCGUGACACGAUCAUGGAACACUACACGCAGCGGGCCGCACUCAGCCGGCAGGCCGCCCAGCUGUACAUGGGCAUCCACCGGUUCUACCCCAUCAACGUGACAAAGUACGUCACGAUCUUCCUCAGCGUGGUCGACAACGAUAAACACGCUGGGACGGACGAACUGUACCGUAUCCUGGUACGGCGGGUUCACUCGCUCCUCAGCCGCAGUAUCCCGCGGGACGACCAGAUCAUUCUGGGGCUGAACGUUUGCAAACAAGCGUUCCCAGAGCAGCUUCCGGAGCGCGAGUGGGAAUCGUUUGUGCAUAAUUUCACCAACGCGGACACUUCGUCCACCGCAGGCUGUCCGGCGUGGCUCAGACCGGAACUGCGGGGCAAGGUCGUAGCCCUGCAAACACUCCACCCGGAGCUAUCCCGUCAGCUGGCGCUAGACAAUGAGUCCGCCUGGAAACGCUACACGGAGUCGGAGGACGCGGUGGCCCCGGUGUCACUGACCGAGUUUCAACAGAUACUGAUCGCCCAAAUUCUGCGCCCCGAUCUGUUAAUUAAAACCAUCCACCGUUCGGUGCGCAACAUGCUGGGGUUAAAGACGCUCUACAGCACCCGGCCCUCGAUCAGGGAGCUGGCCGAAGAAUCGAACCCCGGCGAACCCCUCCUGCUGGUGACCGCUUCCGGGAUGGAUCCAUCAGAGGAGAUCCGUGAGCACGCACGCCACACGCCCGGCAUCGGGCUGGCCAAGUACAGUGAGUUUUCGAUCGGCAAAGGCCAGGAGAUGGAAGCAUUGAAGCUGGUGAAGAAUGCCGCCAACACGGGCAGCUGGAUUUGCAUCAAAAAUGUUCACACGGUACCGCACUUUCUGGUUGGCACACUGGAUGACGCACUGAAGGCAACGACCCUUGCCGACGGUUUCCGGCUGUGGCUCACCACCGAAACGGAUCGUGACGUCGGCGAGGUGUUCCUCCAGAAAUGCCUUAAGGUGCUGUACGAACCUCCGGCAGGAUUGAAGCACAAGCUGAAGCUGCUGCUCGAGCAGCACUCGCCGGUGCUGGACGGCAAAAAGCGUGACUUUAAAAUGAUCAAACUCCACGUGGGACUGUUUCUGCUACAUUCGAUCGUCCAGGAACGACGAUCGUACAUCCCGCAGGGUUGGAGCAAACGUUACGACUUCUCCGAUGCCGAUCUGCGCAGCGCCAUAGAUAUGGUGCAGUACGUCGAAAGUGCCGGGUCGGCCAUGGGCCAGAAGAUCCCUUGGCCGUUGAUGCGGGGGUUGUGCGGGAAGCUAAGCUACGGGGGCCGCAUCGAUAACGAACAGGACUUCGAGCGACUGGACCACCUGAUACCGGAGUUUAUCGACGAGAAGAUCAUGACCAGCCGCUGGCAGCCGAUGUUCCUCAACAUAACCGUGCCCAAUUCGAGCCACGUGCAGGAUUACGUGAAAGCGUUCGACCAGCUGCCGGAUACCGAUAGUCCGACGCUGUACGGUAUCCCGUCGUCUACGAAUGCGUCCCGCGAUCUCAUCUUCUGUCGCAACACGUUGAAAGCACUCCGGUCGCAGUACUUUUCCACCGGAACGGUGCAAAACUACGAGAAACGCUUACGACCGAUCGUGGGUUUGUGGGCUAAGCUGGUUGCCAAUCCGGCGACGAUUGUCACGCGGCUCGAAUCACUGAUCGAGCGCUCCCGUGCCAGCACCGAUCCGUGGACCAUUUUCGUGGUUUCCGAGCUAGCGACGGCACGGCACCUACACGUCGUGAUCGGUGAUACGCUGCAGGCACUGAAGCUAUCGCUCAAAGACGCAGCACUGCUGAACGCCAAGGACCGUGCUCUGUUAACGACCAUCUGUGACAACCUGGUGCCGGUGCAAUGGCGCCGCCUCUGGAGUGGACCGAAAACCGUCAUCGAGUACCUGCGGGCGGUAACGUUCAAGAGAAACCACGCCGAAGCAAUGUUCAACAAGCUGCUCGAACGCCAAACGCUUGCCCGGGUGGACUUCAGCCAUCUCUUUAACGUGGAAGCCAUGCUGGCGGUGCUGAAGUUGUGCAAGGCGCAGGAACUGGGUGUUUCUACGACGGAACUUACGCUUUGCGCUUCGUUUGGGCCAUCUGUAAGCCCGAAGAACGGGAUCCUUGUGGAACCCCUCUUGAUUGACGGAGGCACACUGAAGCACACCAAACUGGCCAUCCAGCAAUCAGCAUCGGACGCUAGUGGAACGUCGACGGGUCCAUUCGCGCUGAGCUACGAAUGCCAGGAGUUGGGCAAAGCCAGCCGAAACGAUGCGAUGGCGGUACCACUGUACAACAGCAUCUCCCGGGACGUGCUUCUAUGUUCGAUCACGAUGGACAUUGAACCCGCGGCAAACAAAAGUCAAAUCAUUUCCGCCGGCCUUGCCCUGAUCGUGCCGGAAACGUUCCAGUAG